AUGAGACUAGGUUCAUUUGAUAAUGUAAAGAAGAGGAAAUCAAAAAAUACAAUUUCUGAUGCUUUUAAUGUGCAAUCUCGUGACCACUUGGAUUCUGAAAUUGCUAGAAUGUUUUACACAGGGGGGUUGCCUUUUAAUCUUGCUAGAAACCCUUACUAUGUUAGUUCAUAUACAAUGGCUGCCAAUUCUAAUCUCUCUGGUUAUAAGCCUCCCGGAUACAACAAACUUAGAACAACUUUGCUUUGUAAAGAGACAGAAAAUGUGGAUAGGUUAUUACAACCUAUGAAAGCCACAUGGAAAACAAAAGGUGUUAGCAUUGUUAGUGAUGGGUGGAGUGAUCCACAAAGAAGGCCUUUGAUUAACAUUAUGAUUGCUUCUGAAACGGGUCCUAUGUUUAUGAAAGCUAUUGAUUGCUCGGGUGAGAUUAAGGACAAAGAUUUCAUUGCUACCUUACUAAGUGAGGUGAUUGAUGAAAUUGGAGAUCAAAAUGUUGUUCAAAUAAUCACAGAUAAUGCAAGUAAUUGUAAGGCUGCAGGGGAAUUGGUUGAGGGUAGGUAUCCUCAUAUAUAUUGGACACCAUGUGUUGUUCAUACACUUAAUCUUGCAAUGAAAAGCAUCUGUGCAGCUAAGAAUGUGUUGAAUAAUGUUGAAGUAUAUGAUGAAUGUAAUUGGAUAACGGAAGUUCAUGCAGAUGCCUUGUUCAUUAAAAAUUACAUAAUGAAUCAUUCGAUGAGGCUUUCAAUGUUCAAUAAGUUUUCGCCAUUAAAACUACUUUGCAUUGCCGACACUCGUUUUGCUUCAAUUGUGUGCAUGCUUAAAAGGUUGAAACUCCUUAAAACAUCACUUCAAUCAAUGGUUAUUAGUGAGAAUUGGUCCUUAUACAAGGAUGAUCGACGCGGGCAAGCCUCACAUGUAAGGGAAAAGAUUUUGGAUGAAAUAUGGUGGGAAAAAGUUGAUUACAUUCUUGAUUUUACACGCCCAAUCUAUGAGAUGAUUAGGGUUUGUGACACCGACAAAUCUUCCUUGCAUUUGGUUUAUGAAAGAUGGGACAUUAUGGUUCAAAAGGUGAAAGAUGCCAUCUACAAGAAAGAGGGUAAACUAGAUUAUGAACAAUCUACCUUCUUUAAUGUAGUUAAAGGGAUUCUUAGUAGUCGUUGGAGUAAGGGUAGUACUCCACUUCAUUCAUUAGCACAUUCUUUGAAUCCAAGAUUUUACACGGAAGAAUGGCUUAAUGAGGUCCCGGGACGAGUUGCUCCAAAUGCCGACAAUGAAAUUUCCACACAAAGAUUACAAUGCUUUCGAAGGCUUUUCCAAAGUCCCGAUGAAAGAUUCAAGAUCAACACGGAAUUUGCAAUAUUCUCACAAAAAUCAGAGGGGAUCUUUCUCAACAUUGAUUGCAUGCAUGAUAUGGCUUUGAUGGAUGCUAAAAAUUGGUGGGCAACUUAUGGUUCCCAAGUGCCUAUGCUUCAAGGUUUGGCUUAUAAGCUAUUAGGUCAACCUUCUUCCUCUUCUUGUAGUGAAAGGAAUUGGAGCACCUAUAAGUUUAUUCAUUCUUGCACUAGAAAUAAGCUUACUCCUAAACGUGCUCAAGACUUGGUAUACAUUCAUAACAACCUUCGAUUACUUUCUAGGAGAAGUGAAGAAUACACUAAGGGGAGAUCUAAGUUGUGGGAUGUGGGUGGAGAUGAGCAUGACAACCUAGGAGAGGUUGGUAUUCUAGAGAUGGCCGAGCUCUCACUUGAUGAACCCGAGAUGGAGAAUAUGAUUUUUGAUGAUGUACUUGGUGAUGGUGAAGAAUGAAACUAUUAGUACUUUUGUUUAUUUUAUUUAUGAUUUGUAAAACUAUUAUUAAGACAUGUAUUUGGUUUGAUGGUUUCUUGAUAUGUAUGAGACUACGUUCGUACACUUUGUUUAUUUACUUGUUUUAACAAAAUUGUGUGUUUUGAGGCUAAUUAUUUAGUGUUUUAUUGAAUAGGUUGUCAAAUUCUCGUUUUUUUUGAUAUAUUAUAUGCCUUGUUAUAUGCCGUACCCGUGUCCCCUAUUUCAGGAUUGCCGUUUUCCCGUGUCCGUAUCGUGUCCGUGUCCGUGUCCGUGUCGGUAUCCGUGCA